UUCUAGAAUUCUACCGCGUGCUAACAAAAAGUGCACUAACUUUUUUAUUUUCAGAUAUGGUGAUGCGAAUCUUCGUAAAGACUCUUAUAGGCAAGAUCACAGUUCUUCACGUCCGAAGCUCAGACACCAUUGGCAACGUCAAGGCAAGGAUACAGUAUAAGGAAAGAAUCCCUAGGGACAAGCAGGUGCUUGCCUUUAUCGGAAUUCCUUUGGAGGAUCACCGUACCUUGGCUGAUUACAAUAUCGAAAAAAACUCAACUGUACUUUUGGUUAUUGGGUCGGCAAGAAUUAUGAGAAUCUUCGUAAAGACUCUUAUAGGCAAGACCAUAACUCUUAAUUACGUUCUAAGCUCAAAAACCAUUGGCGACGUCAAGGAAUCGAUACAAUUUAUUGAAGAAAUCCCUAGAGACAAGCAGAGACUUAUUUUUGGCGGAAAACAGAUGGAGGAUCACUGUACCUUGGACGAUUACAAUAUCCAAAAAGAUUCAACUAUACACUUGGUUUUGGGAGGAUUAUUUAUGCAAAUCUUUGUUAAGUACUCUGCAGACAAGACCAUAGCCCUUGUGGUCCAAAGCUCAAGCACCAUUGACAACGUCAAGGCAAUGAUAAAAGAUAAGAAAGGAUUUCCUAUCGACCAGCAGAGGCUUCUCUUUGCCGGAUAUCAGAUGGAAGGUGGCCGUACCUUGGCUGACUACAAUAUCCAACAAGACUCAACUCUCCACUGUGUUCACAGGUUGAGUGAAACUAUGCUUUUUUUCAUAAAGACUCCUCUUAAGGGAAAGGGAAAUAUCAUAGUCCUUGAUGAGGUCAAAAGCUCAGACACCAUUGAAAACAUCAAGGCCAGGAUCCAAGAUCAAGAGGGGAUCCCUACGCACAAGCAGAUGUUGAUCUUUGCCUAUCAACAGCUCGAGGAUGACCGUACCUUGGCGGAUUACGACAUCUGGAAUGAGUCAGUCCUUCGCGUCCAUUUUUUACGGUGUCCAAUGCAAAUACUUGUGAGAACACUCUCUGGUAAAACCAUUAUCAUUGAUGUUGACAGCUCAGACAGUGUUGCGGAUGUAAAGAAAAAAAUUCAAAACAGGGAAGGGAUCCCACCAAACCAACAGAGAAUCACUACGUCUGUUGGUAAGAAACUCGAGGAUGAUCGCACGCUUGCAUAUUAUAACAUCCAAAAGGAGUCAACACUUCUCCUUUGUUUUAAAUUCCCAUAAAAUAAUAGACUUUAUCUAUUCGUUU